AGGAUCGGUCAGAUAAGCGAUUGACCCUCGUUCCCUCAAUGACCUGCACAGUGCGUAAUGUUCAGUUUAUUGGCGUGCCCACCAGUCAAGUACGACGUACACCCGACAUAAUUUGGCAGCAUACUUCUCCGCUACAAAAUCCCGUGCCGCACGAUUCGCACGUGCAUUAAUUAACGAUUAUUCCAUCACGGACAAUUAGCUCGCAAACAAUGAGAGCGACGAUAAUAUUCCUUGUUUUCUCGCUUGUCCUCGUGUGCGGCUCGGACUCAGUUGCUGACGAUAAAAAUGUGGCGUCCAAAUUGGCCGAGGGUGAGCAACGCCUUGGAGAUCAAAUAUUAGCGAUUUUGAAGCACUAUCAGCAGGAGGACCCCAUUGGACUUCCAGGGGCCCCGAUACCAGACCCGAUGCCAGUUCCGGAUAUGAAACAUUCCUUUUCCAUGUACACGAUGAACUUCAGAAACACCAGCGUGUACGGCCUCUCCAAAUUUCGAAUUGAACAUAUACGAUCAGAGUUAGCUUUGAUGCAGGUAUCAGUGGCUCUGAACAUCGAAACUCUGGAUGUUCGUGGGUUGUAUACCUUGGCAUCUUGGUUGACUAGUUCUGCAGGUGAUUUUACGGUCAAAUUGAGUGGUGUUGUCGUCCAAGGUGUGGCUAGGCUGGAAGUGAGCACCGAGGGAAAAUUGCGAGCCCAAGACAUCGACAUGGACCUGACCUUCGACAAUAUCGAUUUGGACUUCAAGAAUCUGGGAUUUCUGGGAGCCGUAUUCCAGGGCGUGAUCAACUCCGUGGGCAGCUUUAUCUUCGACAGCAUCAAACCGUUCAUCCUGAAAGAGGUCAACACCAACGUUAGGGGAGAAGUGAACAAGCAGAUCUCCCAGGUGCCGCAAUACUUCCCGAAUUCGAUUUCGCCCUUUGACAUGGCGGUUGCCGAAGCACGCAAGCAAGUUUCGGAAAUGGGUUACGACCCUUACAGGAUUAAUGACUUUACCCACAGUGUUGGUAUUUUCACGGUCACGUCGUCUCACACUUGGAUCACCGGCUUGGCAACCUUCUAUCGUAUGGGUAACAUAACGCUUACCAUGGAAAAGGGAACCGUUUACGCCUGCGUGGACGUAGGUACCCAAGAAAUAGAAGGAAGAACGCAUUGGGAAGUAAGCUUGACUGGUGGUCUCGUGUCGAGGGCAGGAACCGUAUCCUUUACGGUAAAGUACUUUAGGGUACAAGUUACCUUGAGCCAGCCCAUGGACACGAGGAAACGUGCCACCCUAGAAGACGUGAAUCUCGAAUUGGGUAAUAUCCAAGCCAGAAUUCACGGAGCGGGCACGAUAGACUACAUCCUCGAAGGCAGCAUCAACAUAUUACCGAACCUCUUAAGAGGCCAGAUCAUGCAGGCCAUCAGGGGUCCUCUCAAGAGGAGAAUACAGGAUGAGUUGGACAAGGUGGACGUGGAGAAAUUAAUUCACGAAAAAAUUCCGGAGAUAGAGGAGCAGGCCAGACUCCUCCAGAGUGCUCCUCUUGCCGAUGAUAUUCUCUUGGAGGAAACCAAGCUAGUACCGGCGCAAGAGGACCUGGGACCAUUUUCCGAGAGCGAGGAAAACCGCGGGCCUUCGUAAGGACCUUCGAAGAUGUUUGCUUUAGCAUUUACGACGGAGGAGGAGUUACACGAGUGAUAACAAAGGGCUUUGUACAAAAUAAAUUAUGAAACGUUCAA